AUGGCCGAACUCUGCACCCAGGAUCGUCCCGCAACCGUCCCGCCGCUCUUCUGUACAGCACAGGUGCCACGUAGCAGCGACGCAGGCAACAAAAAGCGUAAGGACUCGUCGUCGUCGGACGAGAAGAAGAGGCGGGACCGACCGGCGGAUAGCGCGCUUCAUGGAGUGGGAAGGCCAAAUCAUCUCGGUCUCAAAACCGCCACCACCGUUCUCGUCAGCACGACCAGUCAGCUUCUUCUCCGCGCCAAGCGCGCUCUCGCACCCCAAACACAACUGCUCGUCGCGUUCCUGACCGACGGUUCGCCGUACUCGCUGCCACCAACCAGGCGCUUGAGGAAGUCCGACAAGAAGCAUUUGCGCAACCCUCUCCACCCCCGCGCCGAGAAAGACUGCGACGGCCUCAGCUAG